CUCAAAACUCCCAGGUGCACAAGUCCAGCUAUUACCAGCCUUGCAUGCAGAUUCAUCGGCCAUGAUCAGACAGUAGCACUGGCAAAGCAGGCGGUGGCCCUUGGCGCAGGCACAACACGUCCCGAGGUUGUGUUCCACGGCAGAGCUCCCCCACCAGACCUCGAACAUGGCCGGCGUUCCGGAAACAACGCUCAACUGGCUGUACAGCGUCCUGACCAGCAACUACACAGACGUCAAUCGCACCUAUCACGACGCAACAGAGGCCCUCUCCCACUACCCGUCGCUGUCGGUGCGCACCGACGUCUACACAUACGACAACGGCGCUUCCAACCUCCUGCUCAACCUCAGCGGCACGCUGCCGGUGACGUUCCGCGGCGCAACAUAUGGCUUCCCGGUCGCGGUGUGGGUGCCUUACGCCUACCCGCGCGAGUCCCCCAUUGUGUACAUCAAGCCCGACAAAGACAUGCUGGUGCGGCCCGGCCAGCAUGUGAGCGGCGACGGGAGGGUCUACCACCCCUAUCUGGCACAGUGGGCCAAGUACUGGGAUAAGUCCACCUUGUUCGACUUUCUUGCUGUGCUGCGAGGCGUCUUUGCGAAAGAGCCCCCGGUGCGCUCGAGACAGCCGCAGCCGCAGCCCCCGCCCGCGCAACAGGGCCCGCCGCCCGUCCCCCCGCCUCCAGCGGAGUAUCGCCAGCCGUUGCACAGCACACCAGGCCCGUCAGCAUCCCCGGGCGCCUCCCGCCCCUCGCAAGCGCCCCCAGCGCCUCCUCCCAAGCCGCCAAAGCCAAACGAACCGCUCCGCCCGACGCCCCAGCCGCAGAGCGAUCGAUACUCGCAACCGCCUCCGCUGCCUCCGCACCCGCCGCAACAACAGCUGCCGCCACAUCAGCCGCAACGGAGCAGCUACGGGACGCCGCCAGGCUGGCAACAGCAUGGACCUCCAUUCGCCCACGGCGCUCCAUCGCGACAAGGGAGCCACGACACCAGCCCGGCGACACCACUCUCGUACAACCCACAGCCCCAGGCACAGGCGCAGGCACAGGCACAAGGCUUCACUCCUGCGCCGUAUGGGACGGGAAGCCCUGUCAGUCCCAUCUCGCCCCAGGGGCAACGGCAAGCGUCUAGCUUUGGAAGACAAGCGCCCCCGCAGCCCCCCGCCAACGGCGCGCCUCCACAGCAGUACGCUGGUCAGCCGGGCGCUCCUCAACCUUACGGACAUCCCUCAUCAGUGCAGCAGCAGUACCGACCACCGCCGCAGCAGUACCCGCCGCAGCAUCCUCAACAAUACCAGCAGUAUCAACAGCCACCACCGCAACAAGCCCCACCGCAGCCCAAGCCAGCACCUCCUGUCAAUCUCCUCGACGACUCGCUCGAGGUAACAUUGCCGUCUCAAGGAGGCAGACAGACAUCUCUGCCAGUACCUCCCGUACCACCAAACCCGCAGAAAGAUGCCCUCUUGACAGCUCUCGGUCAGGCUCUUGCCUCGCAGACACGCCAGGUAGUGGCCUCGAACCAGACUGCUGUGGCCCCACUUCGGGCACAACAACAGGCGUUGCAAAAUGCAUACUCACGGCUACAAGCCGAACUGGGCGAACUGCAGCAAUUGGACGCGGUCUUAGCUUCUAACGAGCAGAUUCUGAAGGGCGCAAUGGUAGAUGCGGACCGCGCCAUGGAUGAUGCGCGUAGAAGACACGCACCGGACGUCGACGACGUGCUCGUGGCACCUACAGUAGUUGGACAACAGCUGUAUGCGCUCGCAGCCGAGGAGCGAGGAAUCGCCGAUGCGCUGUUCGUUUUGGGUAGAGCGCUCGACAAGGGGAGGGUCACAGCAGAUGUUUUUGUCAAGCAAACGCGGAGCCUAGCUCGAGAGCAAUUCUUGAAGAAGGCGUUGAUCAAAAAGAUAGCCAGGGGUAUGGCACUGGACGAAUACCAGAUGCGGUGAAGUCUGUGGCAAGAUUUGCCCACCUGUUUUUGGUCCAGGCAGACACGAGCACAUGACAUAGCUCUGACUGUGCUUGCAGCCAUCAUGCCACGAUUGUACCAAGGUCCGUCGUCCAGACCUGAUAGGGUGUCUGUUUUGUGCCGCACUCACGAGCCGCGACCAUACACUGCUGAAAGCCCGACGGGGAUUUAGCGGAGAGGUCCGAAAAGUAUUGAACGCAGCUAAGCCUCUGGAACCUAGAUGUUUUCGCUGCUUGACUGAUGGUGAGGU